GUCACCUAUCUAGUAAGUACACAGAUACUUACAAUUUAUAUUCUGUAUUAUAAAUCAAAUUAAACCCACAUUUACAUAUAAUUCCCUCUUCACUCUUGAAGUCUCUGGAGUUGAAGGAUUAUAUCUAUACCAACACGCACUCACCUCGCCUCCUUUGCGGAAACUGCGAUACCGAUAACGAUUCUUUAUCAAUGAACAAGCAUACAACCACCAUCAUAUAGUCAACGCCCACCACUUUGAGCAGAAGACAGGAACUUCUUCGUCUUGUCAGUUUCACAGAGGUAUGGCGGAGGAAUCUAUGCCAUCGAGGCAGCUCUGCGACUUCCUGAAAACAUUGCCCCGUGUCCACCAGAACCGCUACACAGAGGCAGCGGAACGCGAUUUACUACAGAGUCUCUUCUGGUCAUUGGCUGGCGGACAAAAAGAACACUUGAACCUCUUCUUCCCAGAAAACUCGAGGCCAUCAGCUAGUGAAGUAUGGAAAUUGAGGAAAGCGCAAGGAGGAACCGAUGGCGACGAAUUUACAGAGGCGGCUCGAGGGAAAGUCUGCGGACAUAUAUUCAAGACCGGAGAAGCUACAUACCGAUGCAAAACUUGUAGUUCCGAUGACACAUGCGUACUCUGCAGUCGAUGUUACGAUUCCUCUGAUCAUACGGGUCAUAUGGUAUAUGUGAGUGUAUCAUUGGGCAACAGCGGAUGUUGCGACUGUGGAGAUCCAGAAGCAUGGCGUUUGCCGGUACACUGCUCGAUACAUACAUCACAUGGACCUGGUGUAGAAGGUGAAGGCAAGGGCAAAGCAGCAAGUCUGCCUGAUGAAUUGGUGGAAAGCAUUCGAAUGACCAUCGGAAGGGCUUUUGAUUAUAUUUGCGAUGUUAUAUCAUGUUCACCAGAACAGCUGCGAUUACCCAAAUCAAAGGAGUCGAUACAACAGGAUGAGAGGAGGUCGCGGUUGACUUCGUCUUACUAUAAUGGAGAUAUUGUUGAGGAUCCAUGUGAAUAUGCACUUCUUCUUUGGAACGACGAGAAGCACACUGUCAAUGAAGUUCGAGACCAGGUAGCAAGAGCUUGCAAGGUAACGAAUGCGGAGGGUAUGCAGCGAGCGCAUGAAACUGAUGAUAUUGGUCGAAGCGUCAUCAAAUAUGAUCACGACAUUGACAAGCUGCUAAGAGUCUCAAGGGUUGUGGAACAAAUCAAGGUCACAGUUACCAUUCGUUCUGCUCGGGAUACCUUUAGGGAGCAGAUGUGUGGAACCAUCAUUGAAUGGCUCAGUGAUAUCUCUGGUUGCAGUGUCGGUCCAGACCACAACGUAUUACGUCAGGUGGUUUGUGAAGAGAUGCUCAAGGAGUGGAAUCGUGGAAGUGAAGCCAGUAAUGCCGACAUAGGGUUGAAGGGUAUUGAUGAUCACGAAAGAGAGGAAAUGUUGUGGUCAGAUGCUGAAAAUCGCGUGCUGAGACAUAUUAUAACAACAGAUCGCCGAACUCAGGCUAUGGCAGUAAUGGCCGCCGUCGCUGCUACUGACUCGGACUCGGACGAUACUGAUAAUGGAGAUGAUGAUGACCUCAAUGAAGCCAAUAUUGUACGAAUGCUUGAAAAUGCGGAUCAAGACGCUUCUAGUGAUGAAGAAGUAGAACUUGUUCGUUUUGAUCCGGCAGAGCCAGCGGAGAUAAGAAUUAUACAGCCAACCAGACAACCAGUUCCAGCACCUCAGCAGGAAACCCAGAUUGGAACAGAGACCGAUAACGAUGGAGAUGUUGAUAUGAUUGGUGGAGACGAUGAGGCGUUGGAGGUACAAGAAGCUACUUUGGCUGGAUAUCCACCCCCACCUCCACCACCCCCUCCCGCCCCUCACAGAGUCACUAGAGAUCGUGAUCUUACACCAUCAGAUUCUGAUACUGCAGAAAUGCAACCUCUUAUUUCAGAUAAUCUUUAUGCGAAAGCCAAGAUGGAGAUUCCUAAGACUCCGGCGAAUCCAGUAAAGAAGGAAAUCGCAAAACCAGCUAGAUACUGGCUUGAAAGUCCUCCUGGCUAUACGGACAGGGAAUCUGUACCUUUACAUGAGGAUUUGUGGCACAAAUUACGAUUAGACUGGUUGAUUUUGUUCGACUUGAGGAUGUGGAAAAAAGUUAGAGUUGAUCUUCGUGAACUAUAUAUCUCGACCGUGGUAUCGAUUCCGGAAUUCAAACGUGUGCUGGGACUUCGCUUUUCAGGCCUUUACACGACUCUCGCGCAACUCUAUUUGAUUGCCGACAGGGAACCAGAUCACUCAAUUAUCAACAUUUCUCUACAAAUGUUGACAACGCCAUCGAUUACUGCUGAAAUCGUGGAAAGGGGAAACUUCUUGACCAAUUUAAUGGCAAUUCUAUACACCUUCCUUACCACUCGACAGGUUGGACAUCCUUAUGAGAUCUUUCCAAAUGCCACUCUGGCGUUUGACUCGGGCUCUGUAACAAAUCGAAGAAUGUACCACUUUUUCAUGGAUUUGAAAUAUUUGUUCGGUUCAGAGCAUGUACAAGAAAAGUUGCGCACGGAAGAAAGAUACAUGCUUCAGUUCCUAGACUUGGUCAAACUCCAUCAAGGUAUUUGUCCUAAUAUUAGGGCAGUUGGUGAACACGUAGAGUAUGAAACGGAUGCUUGGAUUAGUGCAUCUCUCAUCACACGGGAAAUCAAUCGAUUGUGUAGACAAUUCUCAGAGUCUUUCAAGUGGGUCCCUGGCGAGUCGACGGAACCUGUCUGCAGGGUGAUUCGAACUGCAGCAAAAGCAGUUAUUCUCAGCUCUCUGGGCACUGAGAGAAAGCGAUUUACUCAGGCAGAGAUCAAGGACGAAAUCAAAUUCAAGAAAGUGGGUGAUUAUGAAUUUGAUACUACCGAACAGUCGAAUAGCGUCGUUCAGCAUUCAGUCGUCAAGUUCGUGGUAGAGUCACAACCUAUUAGUUUCCAUCAUGCUCUCCACUAUACUCUAUCCUGGCUCAUUGAGUGUGGAAAGAGUAUGUCUCGGGAACAGCUCAUCCAACUAUUAAGCUUUACUACCCAGGAACUUCUUCAGAAACCUAAGCCCAUGGGACAAAGAACCAUGCCAAGUCAAGAAUACUCCCCAGAAGAUCAUUUAAUGGCAGCUUUCGAUUAUCCUCUUCGAGUAUGUGCGUGGUUGGCACAAAUGAAAGCUAAUAUGUGGGUUCGAAACGGUAUGAGUCUUCGUCACCAACAAGGUACAUACCGCGGAGUCACUCUACGUGAUGUAUCCCACCACAGAGAUAUUUUCCUUCUUCAAACUGCCAUGGUUGUGUGUUCACCUGCUCGUAUGCUGGUUUCAAUCAUUGAUCGAUUUGGUCUUGAGCAAUGGAUGAAAGGUUUGUACGAAGUGAAAUCAGAUGGGGUUGAUGAUGGCCAGAUCCUUGAUAUUGCGGAGGAUUUAAUUCAUCUUCUCAUUGUAUUGAUCAGUGACAGGACGUCUUUGGUUUCGAAUGACGAUGACCCUGGUUCUCAUAUAAUGGCUAUGCGUCGAGACAUCGCCCAUGUACUUUGCUUCAAACCUCUUUCAUUUACAGAGAUUUGUGGGAAGUUACCCGAUAAAUUCCAAGACCAGGAAGAGUGUCAAGAUAUUCUUGAUGAGAUGACAAAUUUCAAACCUCCCGAGGGACUCAAUGACGUCGGAACCUUUGAGCUUAAGGAACAGUAUCUGGAGGAUAUCGAUCCUUACAUCGCUCAUUAUAGCAAGAACCAAAGAGAAGAAUCCGAAAAUACUUACAAAGCUUGGGUAGCAAAGAAGACGGGCAGACCAGCUGCCGAAAUUGUCUUUGAGCCAAAACUUCGCUCCAUUGAGUCUGGUGCAUUCUCAGAUCUAGCGGCUUUCACUCGAACAGGUAUCUUUGCUCAAAUAAUCUAUUAUGCUCUUCUUUAUCCUUUGAUGUCGGAUAAGCUUACACCUACUGUACCCGUAACUCGCGUGGAGGCAUUCUUACAUGUCGUCCUCCACCUAGUUCUUAUUGCCGUAUCGGAAGAUAAGACGGAUGAGGACGAGAUGUCAGAAGAGUCUCUCGAGUCGUUUGUCUACAUUGCGCUGACAAGCAAUGCACGAAGCAAUUUCUCACCUAGUUCUCCAGCCUCGAAGACAAUUGUUGCUAUCCUAGAAAUGUUGUCCCGGAAAGAGGAAUUUAAAACUUGUCACCCAAAGAUUACUCUAGUGCUCAAGAGAAUGAAGCAAAAGCGACCUAGAAAUUUUGAGACUGCCUUUUCGCGAUUAGGUGUUCCAGUUGAUAGAAUCUCUACGGCUUCGCCUGCAAAUAAUAAUGCCCUCGAAGAUAAGGAGAAGAAGAAGCAAGCUGCAUUAGAACGUCAAAAGAGGGUCAUGGCACAGUUUCAACAACAGCAAAAGAACUUCCUCGACAACCAGGGAGAUAUUGAUUGGGGUGAAGAUGAUAUCAGUGAUUCAGAUAUGGAAUCCGAAGGCGAGAGUUCGAAGAACUAUUAUCAAUACCCCUCAGGAACAUGUAUUCUUUGUCAGGAAGAAACUAAGGAUGGUCGUCUUUACGGAACCUUUGCACUAAUGACUACCAGUUCGGUCUUGCGACAAACUGAUAUGUCCGAUGCAGACUUCGUUCGAGAAGCUGCUAAUGUUCCUUCGAAUUUAGAUAUAUCCGCAGAAGAUAUUCGGCCAUUUGGUGUUUCGGGUGAGAAUAAGGAGCAAGUUCACAAAGUUACUUCUAGUGGGGUAGAUAUUAUCACAGAACGAUCGUUCAUCGGAAAAGGAUUCCCAUCCAAUUUCACGAGACCUGGACCGGUAUCCGUCGGAUGUGGACACAUCAUGCAUUACAAGUGUUUUGAAGUCUACUAUGAAGCUUCAAAUAGACGACAUCAACAUCAAAUUGCUCGACAUCAUCCUGAAAAACUUGAGUUGAAUGAAUUCGUUUGUCCGCUAUGCAAAGCCUUAGGAAAUUCGUUCUUGCCGAUAAUUUGGUCUCCAAAGGAAGAGAUACAAGACCAAGCCCUCAAGCCAACAGUUAGUUUUGAUGAUUUUAUCGAAAGGUUUGCUGGUGCCUCUCAGCAACCUAGGACGGAGAAGAUCAACCAAAUCGGUAGCGCUCAUAAUUAUGAUAACAAAUCCGACUUUCCUGCAAGCAGAAGAACCCAACAAUUUUUCAAAAAGCACAAUGAUGAUACCAUGGCCGGCCCUUUGGUAGCCAAGAUGCCAGAACUCUUAAUGGAUGCCUGGGAUCCCCCAUCACCAAGUCAUUGGUCGCCAUUCACACCAACCAAUAUACGGGCUGCUCUUCCAGCGGAUAUCGCAAGUGCUAUUUGGUCUGAAAAUUCAUUCCCUCUUCCAAACGAUAGAUCAGCGAAUGCACCCUCUUCUGUACGGGAAUUGGCCGACAUAUAUCGAAGGUUAAGAGACACAAUGACCAAAAAUAAACUGGAGAGUAGCUACAAAGACAGCCUCGCACAACAUGAGGAGAGAGACUUCUGUUCCAGCGACGUACUAGCCAAAGCUUUGGGAUUCUCUAUCUCUGCUGUUGAAAUUCAGCAGCGUGGUGUUGCAACGCCACCGGGGCAAACAUUCCUAGAAAGUAUUCCACAACAAGCUCUUGUUCACCUUAGGAUAUUGUCUGAGACUGCUCUCUCUUACGUUACGGUGGGAGGGCUCAAGCUUGCAGGAGACAAUCGAGUUGCCAGAGAAUAUAGUAAGGAUUAUGAAUUACAAUAUUCACAAUUGUUCGGAAAGAACGCAUAUUCCACGCCUAGCGAUCUUCCGCCACAUCCUGAGUCUUUGCUUUCUCAAGAUACAUUUGUCUUCCUAGCCAAAGCUUCCUUGUGUCUCGCGCCUGUUGAAGAUAUUGAUAUCGUUCAUCUUGUUCGUCUUUGCUAUAUUGCGGAGAUGACGAAGGUGGUUCUCCAAUUACAAAGACACAUCGAUAAGGCUAAAUGGUUCGAUAUGAUUCAAACAUAUCAACAGGAAGGAGUCGAUAACUUUGGAGAUUUUUGUUUCCACGUUCUAAUAUUCGACGAUAUUGCCUUACACACUCAAGAUUCUGCAAGUCUAGGUAUCUUUGAAACGCUCAGAGAUUGUCGCGCAUUCGUGGAAAAGUAUGCACUUGUAUAUCUAAGAAAGGUCAUGAUUCUUUUGAAUGUUCGUUAUGGCAUCAUCUUCCACAAUUACAUUUCAUCCAACUCGGACUCAAAUGAGCUCGAUCGCCUCACUGAAGCACUCUUUUUGCCAACUUUUGGUGAGAUAUUCUCCAGCUUUGCCGAGGAAGAAGGAACCGUUCCAUCUUUAGUUACUCGCUGGAUUCGACAUGCGAACUCAUUGAAUGAUGAGCUGGUUUCAGCUGCUACUGAGGUUACAAGGAAUACAAUGGAAAAUGAUAUAAAUAUAAUGGAUGUAGCCGCUCCUCGUCUACCAGAUGUGUUCAAGGAUUUCUACACGCAGGCGUUUGAACGCAACAUAGAGGCUGUAGAGAAGAGAGCUCGUGUCAAUGGUUUCAAUAACUCAUUAUGCCCUAGUCAUCCUACAAUCUUCGAACUCAUCGGUCUGCCUAAAAACUACGAUACGCUGAUGGAGGAAACGAUGAAGAGACGUUGUCCUAGUAGUAAGAGAGAUGUUCAAGAUCCUAUGCUGUGUCUUUUCUGUGGAGAAAUUUUCUGCGGUCAGAGUAUUUGUUGUUCGAGGGAUGGACCGGAGAAACCUGGUGGUGGACCAAGAGAUAAAAUUGGUGGUGGACAACAGCAUAUGCUUAAAUGUCAAAAGAACACAGCUCUCUUCCUAAAUAUCCGUAAAUGCUGCAUCUUCUACCUCUACCGCACCAGUGGUUCAUGGAUGGUAGCUCCAUAUAUCGAUAAAUACGGAGAAGUCGAUCCUGGACUAAGACAUAGUCGUCAAUUGUUCUUGAAUCAAAAGAGAUACGAUGCACUACUUAGAACGGUCUGGCUAGGUCAUGGGGUCCCAAGUGUGAUUAGUAGAAAGCUGGAAAUGGAUAUCAAUAAUGGGGGGUGGGAGACUAUUUAGGAGAGAUGGAUGUGUUGAAGAGGGGUAUUGGGAAGAGAAAGAGGAAGGAGGAUAACGGAUAUGUCAUUUACAUCUCACUCGUAGGCGUUAAGGACGUGUUUUCUGAAGGGGAGGGGUGCAUAUGGAGGGCUUCGCUUAGGUCUAUUUUCCUUCUUUUCUUUCUGUUUUAUGGAUCAAAUUAUAGUAUAUUAAUAUAGUUUGAAACGAAAUGGAAUGAGGGAUUUGAUGAAUGGCAGAGCGAUGGCGGAGUAUAUGAAUAUAUGUAUGUUUCUAGAUAAGUUAAAUGAAUGGUUUUAUUUAUUUAUUUAUUUAUUUAUUUAUUU